AUGGUACCAAAAGGCAAGAAUCAAGAACAUUCUAUUGACCGGACCAAUGUUGCCAGAAAAAAAGCCAAACGAGCGAGUGAAGAGCUUCGAGACUCAGAAUUCACAGCGUCUAAUGGAUGGCUUCACAGAUUCAAGAAAAGGUUUAACAUUAAAAGCAAAGUCAUAAGUGGUGAGGCAGGAGGUGUUAGGGAGGAAACUGUGACAUCUUGGCAAGAGCGCUUGGCCGAAUAUCUUGAGCAGCUACUCCCCAGAGAACAUCUUCAACAUGGACGAGACGGUCAGCCUAAAGCCUGGAUGGGUUUUAAUAUCCUAGAUGACGUGCUACCCAGGCUUAACCGGAAAUUAGCACGAGAGCGAAGGAAUGUUAUUUUAUUUCUCGACAAAACCCCUUACCAUCCUCCAGAUAUGAAAGGCAAAUACGAUCACAUCAAGAUUGUGUUUUUCCCACCAAAUUGUACAUCCAGACUCCAGCCUCUUGAUCUUGGAAUAAUUCAAACAUUCAAGCUAAAAUACAUGAAACUGAUGCUGACACAUGUCGUCAGCAAAAUAGAUGACUGCAACUCUGCCACUGAGAUGUCCAAGUCUGUGGAUUUACUCCAAGCCAUUAGAUGGAUUUCCCAGGCCUGGGAAAACGUGUCAGAAUCAACUAUUAAGAAAUGCUUUAUAAAGGUUGGUUUUCUUUCGGAAGACGAAUCUCUAGCUUCAUUUCCUGAGGAACACCAAGAGUCUGAUCCAUUCCAGGAACUAGAAGAUAGUGAAUUGGUGCAGGUGAAUUCAUUGUUGCGCGAUACAAGUUGCGCAUCUGGCACAGAUGUACCUUCAGCAGGUGAAGCCUUAAAAGCAGAUUCUACUCUGCCAACGUGCGCCUAG